CGUGCGCGUGGGUGUGUGCGUGGGGCUUUCCAAAGCAGCGCGGAGCCAUGGCGGUGGCUACUCGAGCACAAAUAUUUAUUUCCGUGGACGGUUUAAUUUAGGGUUAACUUACGAGAAGCAGACGUAAGUUAUUGAACCAGAUAGUUAUGUCAUCCUCCAGCUGGUCACCUGUCAAAGGCUGUUCCUGAAGCGAGACUUGGACAUGUUGCACCAGAUGGAGUGGGAUUCACCAGAUAGCGGUCUGGGAGCAUUAAUGGACCACCCCCCUCAUUUAUCUGACUCUCCUCAGUUAAAAGCCUGCACCACCAAAAUCUCAGAACAUGAAUUCUCAUGUCACUGUUGCUACGACAUCUUAGUGAACCCCACCACCCUGACCUGUGGCCAUAACUUUUGCCGCCACUGUCUGGCUCUGUGGUGGGAGUCCUCUCACAAGAAUGAGUGCCCAGAGUGCCGGGAGAAGUGGGAAGGCUUUCCUAAAAUCAACAUACUGCUGAGGGAUGCAACUGACAAGCUGUUCAGUGAGGUUGUUCAGCGGAGGAGAGAAGAGAUCCAGACUAACCCCAAAAUCUCCCGGAGCUUGCUGGCCUUCCAGAGGUAUGGUGACAACUUGGGUAGAUCCAGGACAAAUCAGCACAAAGGAGCAGGUUUCUUCUUUUCUGGAGUUCUCACUGCACUCACGUGCGUGGCUGUGAUGGUGCUGGUGUAUCACUGGAGCAGCGGUGUGGUAGACCAGCAUGAUCCACUGAUCAGUAAACCUGUGUCUCGCUGGACGCCGGAGGAAGUCAUGUCCUGGCUGGAUCACUUGGGUCCGUGGGCCCAGCUUUACAGAGAAUCCUUCCAGCAGGAGAACGUCAAUGGGAGGCUGCUGUUGAUGCUGGGGCAUGAAGAGUUGUUAAAACCUCCUUACAGCAUCGAAAAUCAGGCUCACCGACGGGCUGUUCUGGCCGAACUGGACAGAGUUAAAACCCUGGGGGUCAAACCCCCGCAGAACCUCUGGGAAUACAAGGCUGCUAAUGCAGGGAAGUCUCUGUUCUUGCUGUAUGCACUGAAGCGCUCCCCUCGUCUCACGCUCUUCUAUUUGUAUUUAUUCGACUACUCUGAAACCUUCCUGCCCUUCCUGCACACCUGCUGUCCGGCCAUCACACACAUCGACCACUCAGUGGAGAGCAACUUCCUCAACACACAGUUGGAGCCCAGUUGGCGACAGUGGGCAGAGUUUCUUGUGAAGUACCUCCUGCUUCCAUACCAGCUGAUAGCAGAGUUUGCUUGGGACUGGCUGGCCGUCCACUACUGGACAUCUCGCUUCAUUAUUGUGAACACCAUGCUGCUGUCUGUCCUGGAAGGCUGCGCCCUGUGGAGACUCUGGACAAGGGCCAGGAUCAGGUCUCUGCCACGCAAGAUGUGGAACCACUUGUGGAAGAUGUUAUCUCAGGGGUUUGCCUUUGCCCUCCUGUGGCCUUUUGUCCCUCAGUUUGUGUGCAACUGCCUCUUCUACUGGGCUCUCUACUUCAGUCCCAUCAUUAAUAUAGAUCUGGUGGUGCAGCAGCUAAUGCACCCAGAAACACAGGCACUGUAACAAACUGCAUGUAGUCAGUGCCCGAGUUAUGCCACACAGUUCAUAGCAAAUAAAAUAGCCAGAAAUCCAGUUGCUGAAGAAGUGCUUAUUUUUAGCAGUAAAUGUUCAUGAGACUGGCUUAUUUGCUGUUGAAAGGGAAGUUUUCUCGCUUCCUGUCUUCUCUCUCUGCUGGAUGGUUGCCAUGUGCAGCAAGGGAGGCAUUGGGCUAUUGUGGGAGAAACAAAACCAACACAAGAUGAGAAACAGCGAAAUAUCUGAGAUGUUAUUGAUUAGGAGAGAUUUUACUGCAGCUCUCUCUCUGCGUGCACAGUGCAUUCACAAACCACAUUGCCUAAAUGGUCCAGAGGGUUAUUAUGCAAAUGGUAGGUCAUUUUCCGACACUGGUGGUAGUGAUGAAUGGCCUCAUAAGGAGUUAUCUGAUAGCUUUGUAGCACUGAGAUGGCUGUGAGCUUUUAUACGGACUUGGAUACUGAAGGUAGAACAAAACCAGGAUCAAUACAUUCACUUUUGUUUGACUUCUUUUGUUAAAUGUCUUAAUCGCAUGUAAUCAAAAACCAGUUAAAUAAACAACUGCUGCUUGGAAAGCGUCAGUUAUAGAAUUGUAGUAAUUUAAGUGUAUAUAAAUCUUUAUUCUGCAUAGAUUUCGAUGCAUUCUUUCUGUGCGGUUCUGGCUUUGGCUGUGAUCUUGGUGCUACAGAGCUGUCUGAAAAUUCACCCUACGAGGUUUGGAAAUAUGAUUGUGAAAUGUGUCAAAUGUUGAGGUUUGUAGUUCUGCAGUCCGACAGGAACGUCAGGCUUUACAGCUGAUUCAAUGGAAAACAAAAACAUCUCACACCUUAUUUGGCACUUAGACUUGAAGUAUAACAUAUGUUCUUAAUUUUUUUUUUUUGAUCUCUUCUUGUUUUUAUGAUUUUAAGGAGAAAGUGUUCGUAACAGAUUUUAUUGGCUGGUACUGCUGACACAUAUUGCUUUGCACAUUUGUUUUUAUUUUAUUCAAAAACAUUUUGUUCAUUUCCAUGUGAUGGGUGGGUAGAACUAAUCAAAGACUUAUUUUUUACAUAGUUCAUUUGCACUUAAAAGUUCUACACUGUGAUUUUGUUCUUCAAUGUUCUCUAAUGACAAAGAAAAAUAAAGAUUUUUA